GCGCCCUUGAAGUCUUAAACAAGUAAUAACAUGUCAAAGGUUAAAGAAGGAAGAUGGGUAGGGGUCGAAAGGAGUGAAAUAAACAUUUUUUUGUGAAGGGAAGUAAAAACAUAUUAGGUCGAGCGGAUACCGACCGCCAAAACCCCAUAAAAACCUUUGCAAUAGUGUGAUUGGCAGCCCAAUAGAACCAGUAGCCUUCUGUUCAAUGGUGAAACGACGUCGGGAGGAGGCAGAUUCCGAUGACGGCGCCAUAGUCGUUGCCGCUCCAGAGGCGCGGCACCGUACAGUUUAUAUUGAUACCAACCUCGAUACUCACCUUGCAGUAAUGGUAUCCAGCACUGAUACCGUUUCCUAUAUCAAAAAGGAGAUAUUGGUAGAACACUUGGAUGCUUUUCCUCAUAUGGGAGAGAUAAAGAUUCACUCUGUCCAGGUAAAACGGAAAGGCAAUUUCUAUCACCUACCUGAUUCCAUGCCUAUAGCAACUGUAUUUGAAGGCAUUAAAAGAGAUUGGUUUAUUUAUGUCAUUGGUUCUGUUUCAGUUGAUCAGGCCCUGAACGGAGCUUGUAACGACCACAUAGGGUCACUUCACACAAAAAGUUAUGACCAAAAUGUUCUGUAUGAUCCUUCAAUAGACUUGCGCAUGGACACUGAACAUGCGAAAGAUGAGCACUGUAGAUAUUUUCCCUCUGAUACUUGCCGGAGCUCAGCUUAUAAGAAUAUAGUAUCAAUUGCUCAAGUGAAGACAGUUAGCCAUGGUCUACGGGAUCACAAUUCUGGGGAUAGUUCAAAGCAAAAACCUGUGACUAAAAGGCGGAAAUUGAAACAUAGUGAAGAACCAUCUCUUACAGGUGGUGAUGAUGGUUCACAGAAAUUCCAGAUGGUGGGAAACGAAACGUCAGCAAAGUCCAAUGAUAGAAAAUCAAAACUUUCCUUAAUGCCUUCUGAUAACACUCGAUCUGGGAGAGAUGAUGGUAAGAGGCCUAAAAAGAAGAAGUCCAAGAAGAUCGAGGCGAAGGAUCAAUUUGAGACUGAGAAAAGUGAAAAGAUGAUGGCCAAUGUGGAAGCAGAUGGAGACAAAAUGAAUGAGAAUGAUGAGAGGAUAUCUCGAACCACCAAUGUAAGCGUUCUGGAAAACAAUGAAGCAGAUCUUACUAACAAGGGUGGGAGAGAUGAUGAUAAGAGGUCUAAAAAAAAGAAGUCCAAGAAGAUCAGGGCGAAGGAUCAAUUUAAGACUAAGAAAAGUGACAAAAUGAUGGCCAAUGUGAAUGUAGAUAAAAUGAAUGAGAAUGAUGAAAGGAUAUCACGGACCAACAAUGAAACAAUUCGGGAAAACAAUGAAGCAGGUCUUAGUAACAAGGGGGAGACAGAUCAUGAUAAGAGACCUAAGAAAAAGAAGUCCAAGAAGAUGAGUGUGAAGCAUCCAUUUGAGCCAAAUACAGGAAAUAAUGAUCAAACACUUGUACCAAAGUUUAGUGAACCUGUGAAUGACAAUACUGCCAAAGUUGAACACUUGAGGCCACACAGUCAAACUUGUCAGACCAUUAAAGCAUUGAAGGAGGAACCAUCUGAAAAACAUGUAGAUAUGCAAUCAGAAAGCCACAUCUCUCUCAUUCUUGACAUGGCAGAUUUGAACUCUGAGCAACCAGAAACAGUUCAUAAUGCUCAGCUCUCUGAUGCCAAUGCCACUGAAAAACAUGGAAGCCCUGCUGGUAAGAAGAGAAAGUCGAAGAAGUCUCGUACCACUUAUCAAGAUUCUUUCAAUAUUGACCCUUCAGAUGUUCCUUCAGGUCUUCCCACAGUUGUCCAUUUCACUGAUGGAUCUAAUAACCAGAAACUCCCACAUUGCAUAGAAAUAGAAAAUCCGUCGAAUAAACAACCAAUUGAUACUUCUGCUGCAUGCUCUCAUGUGGAAAUUGAUAAAGACAAUGCAAGUGAGGCAGGACUUCUUCGUCCCAAUGGCGGAUUUAAUGAGCAGAAUAUUCAAACUGGUACCAGUCAUCUGGAGCAACCCGAAACAUUCUAUAAAGCUAAGCUCUCUGAUGCCAAUGCCACUGAAAAACAUGGAAGCCCUGCUGGAACUAAAAAGAAGAGAAAGUCAAAGAAGUCUCGUAUAACUAAUCAAGAUUCUUUCACUGUGGAUCCUUCAGAUGUUCCUUCAGGUCUUCCCACUGUUGACCAUUUCACUGAUGGAUGUAAUAACCAGAACCUCUCGCAUUGCAUGGAAGUAAAGAAUCCGUCAAAUAAAAUACCUAUUGAUACUUCUGCUGCAAGCUCUCGUAAGGAAAUUGAUAAAGUCAAUGAGAGUGAGGCAGGACAUCUUCCUGCCAAUGACGGAUUUAAUAAGCAGGAUGUUCAAACUGGUACGAGUCAUCUAGAGCAACCAGAAACAGUCUAUAAAGAAGUCCUAACAAAAAGGACAUCUCCGACCAACAGUGAAAGCAUUCUGGAAAACAGUGAAGCAGAAAUUACUAACAAGGGUGUGACAGAACAUGGUAAGAGGCUUAAGAAAAAGAAGUCCAAGAAGAUCAAUGUGAAGGAUCCAUUUGAGCCAAAUACAGGAAAUACCGAUCCAAGGCAUGUACCAACUUUGAGUGAACCUGUGACUGACAAUACUACCAAAGUUGAACACUUGAGGUCUCACAGUCAAACUCGCCAGACCAUUAAACCAUUCGAGGAGGAGCCUUCUGAAAAAUAUGUAGACAUGCAAUCAGCAAGCCACAUCUCUCUCAUUCGUGACUUGCCAGAUUUGAAUUCAGAGCAACCAGAAACAGUCUAUAAAGCUCAGCUAUCUGAUGCCAAUGCCACUGAGAAACAUGGAAGCCCUGCUGGAAGUAAAAAAAAGAGAAAGUCAAAGAAGUCUCGUACAACUAAUCAAGAUUCUUCACCUAUGGACCCUUCAGAUGUUCCUUCAGGUCUUCCCACUUCUGACCAUCUCACUGAUGGAUCUAAUAACCUGAACCUCUUGCAUUGCAUGGAGAUAGAACUUUCAUCCAAUAAACAACCAAUUGAUAUUUGUGCUGCAAGGUCUGGUAUGGAAAUUGAUAAAGUCAAUGAGAGUGAGGCAGGACAUCUUCCUGCCAAUGACAGAUUUAAUAAGCAGGAUGUUCAAACUGGUACUAGUCAUCUAGAGCAACCAGAAACAGUCUAUAAAGAAGUCCUAACAAAAAGGACAUCUCCGACCAACAGUGAAAGCAUUCUGGAAAACAGUGGAGCAGAAAUUACUAACAAGGGUGUGACAGAACAUGGUAAGAGGCUUAAGAAAAAGAAGUCCAAGAAGAUCAAUGUGAAGGAUCCAUUUGAGCCAAAUACAGGAAAUACCGAUCCAAGGCGUGUACCAACUUUGAGUGAACCUGUGACUGACAAUACUACCAAAGUUGAACACUUGAGGCCUCACAGUCAAACUCACCAGACCAUUAAACCAUUCGAGGAGGAGCCUUCUGAAAAAUAUGUAGACAUGGAAUCAGCAAGCCACAUCUCUCUCAUUCGUGACUUGCCAGAUUUGAAUUCAGAGCAACCAGAAACAGUCUAUGAAGCUCAGCUAUCUGAUGCCAAUGCCACUGAGAAACAUGGAAGCCCUGCUGGAAGUAAAAAAAAGAGAAAGUCAAAGAAGUCUCGUACAACUAAUCAAGAUUCUUCCCCUAUGGACCCUUCAGAUGUUCCUUCAGGUCUUCCCACUUCUGACCAUCUCACUGAUAGAUCUAAUAACCUGAACCUCUUGCAUUGCAUGGAGAUAGAACUUUCAUCCAAUAAACAACCAAUUGAUAUUUGUGCUGCAAGGUCUGGUAUGGAAAUUGACAAAGUCACUGAGAGUGAGGCAGAACAUCUUCGUGCCAAUAACGGAUUAAGUGAGCAGGAUAUUCGAACUGGUACUAGUCAUCUGGAUGCACAAAAUAAAGAUGAGAAAGAAAAUAUAAAAUCUAAAAGGAAUAACAAUACUGCUGGAGAGAGCCUUGCAAUUUUGGCUAAGAGUGAUCAUGAAGUUUGUGCGGAAAAAAUGGUACCUUCAAAUGAUCAAAUAUUGGUAGUUGACCAUCCACCUAAUGUCGCUGAGGUAUCAGGAACAGCCAUAGCUGAUCAUAUUCGCCAAGUUUCAGUUGCUGAUGUAGAGAUUCCAGAAAGUGAAGUCAAUAGUGGACAAGCCUGCGGAAAUCUUGAGGGUAAUAGAGAGAUUGUGCUACAAGGUGAAGUGAGUAGUACUGAAGAUGGUGAAGGUAUUAACUUCAGACGUUACUUUGUUCCUAGUUCACAAAAGACUAAAGGUGCUUCUGACAAAGUGGAAAAAGCAGUGACAUUGAGUAUGGAUACUACAGCAACUGGGGAGAAAUCUGCAAAUGGUACUGUUCCUUCCAUUCCAGGAGGCUUGGGGAAUACACCAGCUCAUGAUGAGAAUCUGAAUGAUGAAAACAACCGUAGUAGUGGUUGCACUGAACUUGGAAAGGCAAAAUAUGACAAACAUGAGAAGGUUAAACUUCACUCCAAUAAGAAAUCCCCAAAAAUAUCAGAAACUGAUAUAAAUGGAAGCAAUACUUUUCACCAGGCUGAAAAGCCAAUACUUCAUGGUCCACAUAGCAAGAAAGGUGUUUUUGCUAGCGUGUCUGAAAAUAAAUUAACUUUGGAUGAAUCAAGCUCAACACCAAUCAGUUCUCAAAAGUUUAAUGGAUCUAUAAAGGAUAGCUCACAGCCCCACUCUAAUCACCGAAGUUUAGCUAGUCAAUCAGAUGCCAGGAAAACCACAGAGGUUAACCCAACACACAGUGUUGCUCCUAAGGAUAAGAUAUCACAUCUUGAUGGCAAGAACGAAAAUGGGGAUGUACAUUCUAAAUUCCCCACUCAGACUCCAUCUAGUGAUUCAUCAUCAUCCUCAGUCGAUGGAAGUGAAUCAAGUCAUCAUUCAACCAAAAAUGGACCCGAUGGUGUCAAAGAGAACAACAGUCAUGGGGAGAGUAAUUUAAAAUCCAGCCUUUCAGGUGUGAAGAACUUAACCAUGGAUGCGAUUCUGAGAAGGUCUAAACGAUUCAAGGUGGCCAAGCAGAAAGCUGCUAAACAACUCGAAAGUGAUCCUGAGAGCCAACCUAUUUUGGUCCAGAGUGUUAAAGACAACAACAGUCUUGGGGAGAGUAAUUUAAAAUCCAGCUUUCCAGGUGCACAGAACUCAAACAUGCAUGCAAAUUUAAGGAGGUCUAAGCGAUUCGAGGUGGUAACAUGAAGUUAAUCCUGAGAGGCAGCCUAUUUUGGUCCAGAGUGUUAAAGAAACUAGUAAACAGGCCAAGCAUAAAGCAGCUUAACAAAUCAAAUCCAAGUUGAUUCUGAGAGCAUGCCUGAUUUUUUCCAGUGUGUUAAAGAAACUAGUAAACAGGCGAAGCAGAAAGCAGCUUAACAAAUCCAAGUUGAUUCUGAGAGCAUGCCUAAUUUUAUCCAGAUUGUUAAAGAAACUAGUAAAUAGUAAUGUUUGUAUCCCCUAGUACCCUCUCAUGAAAGCCCAUUGGUUCCUUGAGCCUUUGUUACUAACAUUCUUGCACCCCCAUUAAUGUGUUUUUUUUACUUUGGAUAAAAUUAUUCCACA